AUGGCAUCACUUUGUAACUCUUUGGAAGCUGUUAGACGAGAUUUAAAGCGAACGGAUCGAGAAAUCAAGAGGCGCUUAAGGCUAAUGGACAUGCAUUGCUGUCAUAGCUUAUGCAACAGACACCUCCACUUACAUUGCCUCUGCGACGUAAGCCUGCAUCCACAUUGUUGUUGUAGUCUCCAUCCAUACCCACAUUGCCUCUGUGACGUUUUGUGCUGCAGUCCAUGUCGAAUAUCGUGCCUCACAACGUUGGAGAGAAAAGCCAUUAGAGCUAAAAUAGAGGCUGAGCAAGAACUGGCCAGAAUUCGAAGAAGGGUUACUAGGAUGCUGGCAUCAUGCACUCGUCCAAAGCUUUUAGCUUUGAUGGACGUUAAGGGUUUUGACCCAGAGGACAUUACUGUGAAAGUACAAGAUGGGAAAGUCAAAGUGUCAGCGGAACAUGAAGAAGAAUUUAAGACCUGCCGAGGAAAGGAGUACAACUACUCAACAGUCACCAAAGAGAUCAAUUUACCACCAGGAGUGUCCGAUGAUGAGGUCACUUAUAGCAUAGGGCCCACCAGUCUUGUGAGAAUAGAAUCUCCGCGCCCGGUUCCACCUUGCCUCCUGAGUCUACUGUAA